CUUUGAAAAUGUAAAAAGGAAUGCUCAUGAUAUGUCAGUGGAGUGACUUAUCUGUCUUGAACAGGUGUGUCCUCCAGUGCUACGGUCCAAUUGUUCCAGAGGCGUGUUUGAACUUCCAUCGGACCUCGAACACUUCAGCUAGCUGAUAUGGCCCCUCACGCCGAGGAGGAAUCGAUCGCCAUUCCGCAAACUCCUCUGUUGAAUGGACGCAAUCCCGGCGGAGGUUCGCCUUCUCAGCCAAUCUUUACUCGUAGUCGAUUGAUUUGCGCACUGACCGUCAUCUUCGUCAUUGUGUUCAUCAUUGCCAUCAUUUUGAUCGCUGUUCGCGCGGGAGAUGGCGGUCACGAAGAGGCCUUGGUCCAAGAUUCCAAGCAUACCAAUUUGGAGUCGGCAAGCAUACCCUGUGUGAACAAUACCCAUCUACAAGCUGCUCAACAGAGACAAGAAGAUCUUCAGUUCACUCCGGAACAGUUGGUUCGAUUGAAGCAAUUGCUGGAAUUCCUGAAUGAUCCUGAAGCGACGAAUCAAAUGAUCGAGGAGACUCGCAAUGACGCAGAGGAUGAAAAGCUACAUGGAGAAGACCAUGACGAUAAAGACCACGAUAAAGACUACAGAGAUGAAGACGACGAUGAUGAAAGGAUUAAACAGAAAGCUUUGGAACUACUCAAGGACCCCGAGAUGUUAAAACAAACCCUCAAGGAUAUGGACCCUAAGAGCCGGGAAGAGCUUAAGGCCACUUUGAACACUAUCAGAGAGCAAUCGUGGUCCAGUACGCCCAAACCUAGAGACUUUGACGAAAAUACCCCCAACGUUUUGGAAUCGCGUCAAAACCCUUGGGACGACGAAUUCUUCAGUAAUAAUGACGAUGAUUUCGAAUCCAUCAACCAAAUGCUCGAGUCCCACGAUAUGGAUCAAGAGGAAACUACCCCCGUGCCCAAAGCGCAAACUUGGGAGUGGAACUUGGCGACGAAGAAGACCACCACCCCCCAAACUGUCACCACUGAAGAGCCCACCCGUUCGAAAACUCGCAGCCCGUCUUCCGCUAGGGCCGCCGAUAUGUUCCGGGUUCUAUUCGGUUUGCAAAUGCCCAACACCGAAGACCGCUCAGUUCCUGCCGAUUAUCUGGAGAAUUCUUGGAAGGAUCCCUCCGAGUCUGAAGUGGGCAAGGUCACGUACGAAAACAUGCUCACCCUGAGCGACAUUGAAUCUGCCUCAGAUAUGGAAGACACUGACCUGCAGGGUAUUUACGAAAGAAGUGGAAAAUCUUCGAUGACUGCUGGAAUGGCCCGCUCGGUGGGCGAGUGUCAAGACAACGAAAUCCAAUGUGACAAUGGUGUUGGUUGUUAUAUUGAGGAAGAGCGAUGUGAUCGGAUUAUGCAUUGUUUAGACCAUUCGGAUGAGUUGGGCUGUACUUGUCGUCAGUACAUUUCCAGCGAAAAGCUAUGCGACAAUUUUCUGGAUUGCAAAAACGGCGAAGAUGAAGAGGACUGCGGUUGUCCCAAAGGCCAAUUUAACUGCGGCCUCGAAACCAAAUGCAUCUUCAACGACCAAGUUUGCAACAACGUCAUUGAUUGCGAGAACGGACUCGAUGAAUCCAAUUGUGCGGCUUUGGCCCCGUUAUCCAAAGGUCUCUUGAAUCCGAAUGUGACUGGGUCGCCGUUCAUCGAUGGACUCGUGUAUUGGAAAGUGGAUCAACAAUUCCAUCCUUUGUGCGUCGAUUUCCCCGAACCUGGUCAAGAACUGGAGUACUUCAAAAUCAUGGCCGAGGACGUUUGUGAUAGCCUUCUUCCAGGGAUGAUGGAUGGACCACCCGAGGUGAAAUUGAUCCAAAACUUGGACGAUAUGAAACACAUCGAGAACGUAGUUCACCUGGAAUUCAAAUCCCUGGAAAAACUGCCAGGUCAUAAGUUUUUGGGCGGGACAUAUCAAUUCACACUCAUGCCUCCAGAUGAAAAGAGUACCAUGGCCGAGAUCACUUGCCCCACCCCCAAAUGUGGUGUAAGAGCCUCUGUUAAACCCUCGGAAGGGGCGAUACCGUUGAUGAUCGAGCCGACCGCGCCCACAACAACCCUUGAAGCGGGACUCAUUAACGACAAAAUCGUGGGUGGAACCGACGCUGAUGCCAAGAAUUGGCCUGCCAUUGUGGCGAUCUACAGAGAUGGAGAUUUUAUUUGUGGUGGAACCAUUAUCAACGACGAGUGGGUGCUCACAGCCGCUCACUGUGUUGAGAACUACAAGGAGAACCAGUACUACUUUGACAUCUUGGUGGGAAUGCUCCGGAAGAACUCAAAAUCCUCGCUGCAAUACUCCAGGAAAGUGGUGAAGGUCGUCAUUAACGAAGAAUUCGACUCGACAUACCUCAAAAAUGACGUGGCCAUGCUUAAAGUGGACAAACCUUUCAUCUUCAACGCGUUUGCCGGACAAGCUUGCUUACCUACUUCCCCAGAGAUGAGCCCCCAAGUUGGGGAUAUUUGUUAUGCCGCUGGUUGGGGUAAUAAAAGGGAAGAUAGAGACCCUGCGGAACACCUCCAAGAAGUCAGGAUUCCAAUCAUGGAGAGCUGCAAGAAAGAUUACAACAACAUCGAGCUGCAGAUCUGCGGCGGGAGAUUCGAAGGAGGCAUCGAUAGCUGUCAAGGUGACAGUGGGGGACCUCUGUUUUGCCAAAAGCCCGAUGAUCCAAACCGGUGGUACUUAGGAGGCGUCAUUUCUCACGGGGAAGGAUGCGCCAGAUCAGAUACCCCCGGUGUCUACACUAGAGUUUAUGCCUACACCCAAUGGAUUGAAGACAAAUUGGCCGAGGACGCCUCUCGUGAUCCUGGAACAGGGGUAGAGUUCGAGCCUCGUUUGGAAUGUCCCACCCACGUGUGUGACGGCAAGUGUCGCAAGAAGUACGAGCUUUGCAAUAAGUACGUGGACUGCUUCGACCAGACGGACGAAUUGUGGUGUGCCAAGAACAAUGAGGAUCAGAUCGUGUUCUCACCGCCUUCGAACGAACCUCAAGAACCAGACAGCUCUCCCUUUAUUGAGCGGAUGCGCCCUUUAAGCACGAACCUCGCUUAUUAUCCCAUCAUCAAACGUCCGACGAAAACUUGCAAAUUUGGUUAUUUUCGCUGUAACACAGUUCAUCAGUGCAUUCCCCAAGAAAAGACUUGCGAUCGGGUCCCUGAUUGCGUGGAUUACUCGGAUGAACGAACUUGCACUUGUCUGGCUUUCCUGUCCCGAAAAGCUAAACAUCGCGCUUGCGAUGGGUAUCCGGAUUGUAAGAAAUGGGAAGAUGAAAGGAACUGCAAGUUCUGCGAUCCCGACCACUUCUUCUGCGAUUUGAGCCGAGAAUGCAUUCCUCGUCAUAAAGUGUGUGAUACCAAGGCAGACUGCAAGUUCAAGGAGGAUGAACGUUAUUGCUUCACAUUGAUCAACACAAACUCGGUGUGGCUCCAACAAGAUGGCCGCCCCAAAAAGCAGACCACUGGCAUACUGGCCUUCAGUUCCAAAGGCCUAUGGGCAGCAUCUUGCGUUCAAACCUGGACUGAUGUUUUGUCGAACCAAAUCUGUCGGUACAUGGGUUACAAAUUUGCUGUCACUCAUACUCAACAUUCCUCUGAUACCUUGCCUCAUCUCAAGGGUCAGGUCUUGACCAUCAGAUAUCAAGAUGGACAAAAAUCCGUGUUUCCAAGGUCUUUCGAUAGCUACUUGGAGGAAAAACAAGCCUUGACCGACGAGGUGAGGGUCGAGAAACGGCAGGCCAAGGCGUGCUCAUUUGUCCAUCUAGAGUGUUCAGAGACGACUGCUUGCGGAAUCAUGCCUCUGUAUGAUCGCCUGGGUAAACAAGCACCUUUAGCCGGACCUGGCGUGUUCCCUUGGCAAGUGACUCUCUACAAACAAGGCCAAUACUUUUGCGGAGGAUCCUUGGUUCAUCAGUAUUGGGUGUUGACCUCGACAGAGUGUGCUGAUAUGACGAACAUCAAGGGAGGCGAUUACAUCAUAGCUCGUGCUGGAGGUCAUCGAGAGCAGUUCUCGUUGUCGGCUCAUGAUCAACUGAGGCGUGUGGUCCAAUUCACGACUAUUCCGGGCACAAAUAUUUCGAUGGCAUUCCUCUCGACUCCAUUUACUCUGACAGAGCACGUUAGCACUGUGUGCAUUCCAUCGGUGACUUGGACCCCUAUUAACCGCACGUGCUUUAUCACUGGUCGCUACAAUGGAGUCCUCAAUCAUGUCUAUCAGACCACGGUGGAUUUGGUGUGUCACUACGUACCGAACAAGCAAUACUCAUUCUGCACCAGACAGAGAAAUCCAACAAACGAGUGUUUGGAACAAUGGUCGGGGGCCUUGGUAUGUCCCGAUAAUUCUGGGACGUAUUACGCCGUGGGCGGAUACUUCUCCGGUCAAGCCAAUUGCAAGUUUGGCUCGGAAAAAGCGCCGGACCGCUUUGAAACCCUGGUCUCGAAACAUGCUCGGGAAGGCAUUACUUCAGUGAUCAAAUCGGCCGAAGCCGACAAGCACCCCUUUAAGAACAUUCCUGACAAUUGUGAUACCCUCAGAUGCCCCUUGGGUCGAUGUCUGAGCCCCAACGAGAUCUGUGAUGGAGUGGUUCAUUGUUCCAAUAUGGCUGACGAAGAGGAAAAUCUGUGCCGCAACAAAAUUCGUAUGUGCGAAUUUGUCAAUCAAACCCAUUGCGCCUGUCCACAACAAGAUUUCCAAUGUGGAAACGGCAUGUGUCUCGACAAGACCAAGUUCUGUAAUGGAUUGAACGAAUGCGGGGAUGACUCGGCCUCCGAUGAGCCCGAGAAUUGCCAUAGCUGUCCGGUGGCUUUGAAGACUUUGAACCCCAAAGCCAUCUGUAACGGGAAUGUGGAAUGUGUCGGCAAGAACGACAUUGGAGAAGACGAAAGUGCAGCCACGUGUUGCCCAGAUCUUCCCGGAGGCAUUGGAUCGAACUCGUCCUCGGUGAAUGCUACGGACGCUUACCGGUGUGUCAUUGGCGAGCUCUCCGCCGGUGCCUCAUACAAUUCGAUCUCGAUCUCCGAUGAAUGCAUUCCAUCGCUCGGGGUUUGCGAUUGGGAUACCAAUCCGAACGUGACACGAUGUAGCAAUGGGGCCGAUGAACUGGAUUGCAUCGCGAUCUGGCCGCAAUUCCACGUCAAAGAACAUCCCAAAGAUCCGUUCGGUCGAUUCAUCUCGUCUCCUAAAGGUUACUUGUAUUUUGUGGCUUUUGGCAAGAAGUUCUUGUAUUGCGCUGGUCUACAAUCCUUCAAACCGGCGUUGAUCAACUCGUUCGCCGAUGUUCUCUGUAAGAGCAAAGGGUUCCGAGGCGCCAUUAGUGUGACAUUGAGCGAACCACAGAGUCGGGCCCGCUUGGGCCCCGAAAUCCCGAUGACGGGCGUGGAGCAAGCCCAUUUUGAGGCCUGCCAACUCGUUUAUCUCACGUGCCGUCAAUACUAUUGAGCUAUUGUUUCUUAUGAUAUGGAUUCCCAGAAUGUGAACGAUUUGUUUUCCCAUUUUAACCGUUGUGCUUUGGCAUGAGUGCGUGAAUUAAAUUUUUAUAGAAUAUAACGUUUCAAUAAUAUACCCUGCAUGUAACCUAA